AGAAAAAGAAAGGGGAGAAAUAGCUCCUUUAUUUUUCCCUUUUUAUUAUUACACUUUUUCAUCUCCUCAUGAAUUUUAUAUUUUUCUUUUUCUUUUUUUCAUUUCUUCAUGAGUCCUGCUUUGAUCUUGAUUAUCUUUUUGCUUCUUAUUGAACCAUCCCUUCUUAUUAAAGAAAGUAAGAAUAGUUGAGCUUGUAUACUUAAUAAUCACAUAGAAGCAGUAGUAUUCUCUACAAAAGAACAAAUCAUGUUUAAUCAUGGUUUAGGCAUGCAAUAAAACCUGUUUUAUGCUUUGUGUAACUAAUACAAACUAGAGCUAUUCAAGGCUUUACAAAAUAACGAAAAUGACUGUUAUAAGAAAGCGACACUUCAGUUGACCAAAGGAUGUCAAUCAUUAGAAGGAGAUAACCCAGUUGACAAUAUGAAGUAUGCAAUCAUGCUUACUUUAUGUGAACUUUUGUCGGCCAAGAUCAACGCACCAAGUGAGUGCAAUAUACUAAACACUCAUCAACAAGUUGUUCAAUGCACUCAACAACUCUCUCUGUCACCUCAGACAUGGACAACUUAUAGUGGCUACUUUCGUGACAUUGUCUUGAUAUGCUUUGCCAUCAAAUAUCCAAUGGAGAAAGAGAUUCUUGAAAAACUUCAUGAAAACAUCACUCUAAAUCAAGUCAAAAACUUCAACAUCCUUUCAAGUCAACAAAGGUACCUUAUUCAGUGGCGUGAGGAAGAGUUCAAGAGACUAGACAAGUUAAAGGAGUCACAGUUGGACAUCUUUGAGCAUGUGGAGAAAACGAAUAUGUAUUAUCAGAGAAUGGCUCAUCAGGUUGAGCUACUGUUUGAAACACUCGUACUCUUGCAAAACCAGACAGAGUUAUCCAUCUUGCAGUAUAAUGAUAUGGUCAGUCGUCACGUUGAACAAGUACAGAUGUUUCUGCAGGAUUCGUUCUUGUAUCAAGCGAUGAAAAUAGAUGAAACACUUGACUCAUUGCUCACCAAAUCGAAUACAUUAAAUCAACAUGUGGAACGUACUCUGCUUUUACAAGAGCAAACAGUCGAGAGCUGGAACUUGCUUACCAAAGUAAAAGUGUGUAUAUACGUCAUAUGUAUGGAGCUUAUUUUAAACUAUAGAAUCUCGAAAGAGAACUUACAGAUGUAUGGAACCAAUCGGUAUAUCGCAUGAGUACAGGCUUUCAUCUGAUCAUGAAUCAAUCACUUUCAGAGGCAAAGUUAUUACAACAUGAUCUCAUUUUAAUCCAUCGUCAAGUUAAGGACACAAUGGAACCGUUCCAUCAACUCAGCAACCUCAUCUCUGCUGUUUACUUUCAGGGAGUACAUACUGUGAAACGACUGAUCGUCCUUGUAGUUUCAUGUGCUUUACUUUGUUUACGUAUUCAAGCUCUCCUUAAGCAAAUGAAUGUUCAUCGUAACCAGCUAUUUACAUUUGUUCUAUUAAUAGGUAAUUGAUGAUAGAACCUCCUUGCAUGAAAUGGGUUGUGUAUCAUUACCCGGCCCCCUCUUUCCUCACAGCUGACUUUUAGUUGCUUCUAUUAUAUGUCAACAAGCUCAUUUGAAUACGAUUUUUUCUGCCGUACUUUUAGCAACCACA